UCAUGAAAUGUUUUGUUGUUCAAUUUUGCGGGAGUUGAGAUUGGAUUGUGCAGGCCUCCAUGUGGUCGACACAGACCUACAAUGAUCAGCAACCGCUGACACAGCCAGCUGGUGGACCGUAUGGGGGGGGUAGCCCCUAUGACUCCAGGGGCGGCGGCUAUCCUCAGGGUGGCUAUCCUCAGGGUGGCUAUCCUCCUCAGCAGGGUCCUUAUGGCAACCAAGGACCGGGAGGUCCAGGUGGCAAUCAGCAGAGCGAGAGAGCGUCCAAGAGCGUCCUCAAUCCCGACUGGAGCAUUUAUUUCUUCGUGGCGUCCUGCUCCACGAUGCUUGGAGCUUUUAUCGGCGGCCUGUGCCUUUUCUUUUCUUUUGAGUUGGUUGACUUCCUGGAAAUGUGCUACAUACUAGUUUUUGGCGGUGUUCUUGCUUUGAUGGACACCCCGUGCUUCAAAACUGUGAAGACUGUGAAAGAUCACCGGGAAUACUUCUCGAAGUAUGUGAACAUCCUAACUCGUGUUACAGGCAAAGGAAUUGCCUUUCUCUUCCUCGGCUGUGCACUCUUCUCCACGAUGUGGGACAACCUGGAGAGCUCUGGCCUGAAAUUCUUGGCCUUUGUGCUCAGCAUGAUUCCCAUCAUCGUUGGCAUUGCUGCGCUGGUGAUCGGCUUCAUCAAAAGUCAGAAGCUGAAUAAAGUCCGGCAGGUCUUUGCCCAGGAGGGUGAGAACCACAUGGCUUCAGUUUACGAUCAGCACGCCAGAACUUAUGGAGGACCACAUGGUGGAUUGACCAUGUUGGAAUUCAGCGAGCUGACGUACAAGACAAUCCAGGUCAAAUGGGAAGAUACUGACCUUAAGCUGAUCUUCAACGCGCUGGUAAGCAAUCCUGCGUGGCGUACCAACGUGACGAAUUUCAGCAGUUAUGGAGCCCAACAGGUGGAGAUGGCCAAAAUCCCGAAGGAGGACUUGGUUGCCUGGGUUUCCGGAGGGAUCGUCUGGCUUUGAGCGGUCUCACCACCUUUAAGGGCCUCUGAUACCAUAAGCUUGGUCCACAAAAAUG